CUUUAAAAUCUGCUCCACUUCAUGAGCGUACUGUAGCUGGUUAGUGGAGGUUGGGCGCUGCCAAAUUGGAAAAUGAUAAUCGUGUUUAAAAGUAGACCAUUUCUUAACUGGGCGACUCUGGAAUACCGGAGUAGAGAAAAGGAAGUGUCCCAUGUUAAACACUCGCGAGGUUUUCAGAGGGUUCAGCACAGUGCCAGUGGCGAUAGCGCUGCUUGGUAACCGAGACAAAAGCAGUAGGAGUCAGUUUCAUUAAUAAGUACGGAAAUAACCUAAAAGGGUUCUCUGCUGGAAGACCGAAAGAGAAAACAAAGAGAGAUCGAACUAUCAAAGCAGGCUUGUGUUGAAGAGAACAUGACAGUAUCUUUCCUCUACUGCAGUGUGUUUCUUGUGGCUGUUGAUCUGUUCUCCAGUUCACAUGGUCAAGAUGAGCUUGUGAUUUUAACUAAAAAGGGGAAGGUCAGAGGAACACAAGUGUCCGUGCUCUCAGGAUCCGUUACUGCUUUCUUGGGAAUUCCUUAUGGACAACCCCCAGUAGAUAAUCUCAGGUUCAAGAAGCCUGUACCUUCCAAGCCAUGGACUGGUAUCUUGGAUGCGACAAAAUACCCGAACACUUGCUACCAAUAUAUUGAUAAGGCUUUUCCAGGGUUUCCUGGAGCUGAAAUGUGGAACCCCAAUACCAUGCUUAGUGAAGACUGUCUUUAUUUAAACGUGUGGGUGCCCUCACCUAAGCCACGUGAUGCAGCAGUGAUGGUAUGGAUAUACGGUGGGGGGUUUUCCACAGGAACGUCUUCACUAGAUGUUUAUGACGGGAAGUACUUGACCUACACGGAGAACGUAAUCGUAGUGUCAAUGAACUACCGAGUCGGGGCUCUGGGUUUCUUGUCUUUACCAGGGAAUGAUGAAGUGACUGGGAAUGCAGGGCUGUUUGACCAGAGGCUGGCCCUCAUGUGGGUCACAGGCAAUAUUGCGGCUUUUGGAGGGGAUCCCAAAAGUGUCACGAUUUUUGGCGAGAGCGCUGGCGGAGCUUCUGUGAACUUCCACAUCCUUUCCCCAGGAAGCCAUCCCUUCUUUUCGAGGGCAGUCAUGGAGAGCGGCUCUAUCAACUCUCCAUGGGCAGCAUUACCAGCCAGCAUCUCACAAAACAGGUCUUUGACUUUGGCUGAACUCCUUGGAUGCCCAGUUAAGGAUGAUGCCGAUGUGAUUGCUUGCCUCCGCAAGAAAGAUCCGCAAGAAAUUGUGGACAAGCAGUUUACUGUAAUGAAGGAGUCGCCACUAGUAAGUACCUCGUUUGCCCCGACAAUUGACGGUGAUUUUCUCACCGAUUCACCUGAUGUUUUGAUCUUUUCUGGACAGUUUAAAAAAACUGACAUUCUGCUCGGAGUAAAUAAAGAUGAAGGGACUUAUUUUUUAGUUUAUGGGGUUCCAGGAUUUAGCAAAGAUAAUGAAAGCCUAAUCACAAGAGAGCAGUUCCUGUCGGGUGUGAAAUUUGUUCUCCCACACUUCAGUGAAAUUGGCCGAGAGGCUGCCAUUUUCCAGUAUACUAAUUGGACGGAUGAGUUCAAUCCGGAAAAUAAUCGGGAUGCUUUGAGUGGCAUUGUUGGGGAUUAUAAUUUUGUAUGCCCACUGCUGGCGUUCACGCAGAAGUAUGUCGAAUUUGGAAACAAAGCUUUUUUGUACUUUUUUGAUCACCGUUCUACAAGAGUUGCCUGGCCAGACUGGAUGGGGGUGAUUCAUGGCUAUGAAAUAGAAUUUGUAUUCGGACUGCCCUUAAACAGAAGUUUGGGAUACACCGGUGCAGAAGAAGCUUUGAGCAGAAGAGUCAUGAACUAUUGGGCGAAUUUUGCAAAAACAGGGGAUCCCAAUGGGCAAAGCUCACAAUGGCCAGCAUUUUCCUCAAAAAGCCAAGAGUACAUUACAUUGAACACAAAGUCCCCACAAAUCCAUGGGAUGCUACGUGUCCAGCUUUGCAAGUUCUGGAACAGUUUCCUCCCAAAACUCCUUGCAGUGACAGUGGACAUUGAAGAAGCAGAACAACAGUGGAGGACAGAAUUUCAUCGAUGGUAUUCAUAUAUGCUGGAUUGGAAGAAUCAGUUCAAUGAUUACAACAGUAGACAGCAACAAUGUGAAGAUCCCUGAUUGUUUAAGAUUUUUAUUGUAUUGUAUUUUAAAAAGCAUUAUGCAAGAAAUGGCUUUAUAUUUUUUAACCUUUUUUA